CGCAGGCUCACAGAGAGAAGAGGAAGGAAUCUAUGUCCAGUUUUUUUAUCGCGUCUCCCAGAAAAACGAGCGAUCAAAUGCGGUCGAUCGCGCUCUCGUUUUUUUCCUCCAAGCCAAGCAAGCGCCAGACCAGGAAGCUCCUCUUUGACGAAUUUAAUUCUCACUUGCGAGCUGGGCUGGGAAAAAAAAGAAGAAAACAUCCUUGUCUCCAACCGCAAUAAAUGUACCAGCAAAUGAGAGAUUCCGGGAUUGUUUGAAUCCUGACCGUCGAUCUUGUGAACUCUUCUGGAACGGAAUGUCGCGGCUGCCGUAAAUUCCGGCGCGAAAUCUCAAAUCCCGCCGUUAACAUUCCAUUCCAACUCUCAGAGAUAUAAAUUUGGAAUGGGGGGAAGCGUAGCGCAGUGGCAGCGAGGGCGAUAGCGGCAACGAUCGUUCCAAAAUCUCGAUCGCAGUCCAGGGUUGGAGUCUGAUUGGAGAGCUCAUGAUCAUGGGGCUUGUGGAUCUGGUCACAGGGAGGAGGGGUCCGAGCGGCUUUGGAUCCUCCUCCACUGCCGAGGAUGUCACCAAGGGAAUCGACGCCAGCAAUCUCACUGUCCUCAUCACGGGUGGCGCUAGCGGCAUUGGGGCCGAGGCAUCUCGCGUUCUCGCGAUGCGCGGGGCCAGGGUUGUGAUCGCCGCCAGGAAUCUCACCGCGGCGAGCGAGGUGAAGAAUGCGAUCUUGGCGGAAUAUCCCAAGGCCAGAAUAGAAUGUUUGAAGAUCGAUCUCAGCUCUUUGUCGUCGGUGAGGAGCUUUGCGGCGGAGUUCUUGGCCACGAAGCUCCCGCUCAACAUUCUCAUAAACAAUGCGGGAAUUAUGAUGAUUCCUUACGAGCUCUCUCCCGAUGGCAUUGAAAUGCAAUUCGCUACAAACCAUCUGGGCCAUUUUCUUCUCACAAACUUGCUCCUGGACAAAAUGAAGGAGACCGCCAAGGAAAGUGGCAUCCAGGGAAGAAUUGUCAAUCUCUCCUCCAUCGCGCACAUCGCCUCUUACAGCGGUGGAAUCCAGUUCUCACACCUUAAUGACAAAGCCUGGUACUCCGACACUAGAGCAUACAGUCAAUCCAAGCUCGCGAACAUCCUCCACGCCAAAGAACUGGCAAUGAGAUUCAAGGCCCAAGGAGUUGACAUCACAGCUAACGCUGUUCAUCCAGGGUUUAUAAUGACGCCUUUGAUGCGGCACACAUUCUACAUAAUGAGGGUUCUCAAGUUCUUCUCCAGCUUCCUUUGGAAAAAUGUGCCACAGGGCGCUGCUACGACGUGCUACGCGGCUCUGCAUCCAAGCCUCAAGGACGUCACCGGACAAUACUUCGUGGAUUCCAACAAAUCCAACUGUAGCGCCUAUGGCAGAGAUCCCGAGCUCGCUCACAAGCUAUGGACCUUCUCCCAGGAGCUUAUAGACAAGCAUUCUCCGUCCUAAAGAUAAAAGGUUGAUGGUGCUAGAGAGCGAGCGAGCGAGCGAGCAAACGAGGACAACUGGACAGUGAUUCGUGGAUAGACUGUAUUUACUCUUCUCGAAAGCUCGAGCUCGAGCUCGAGCUCGAGCUUGAUCAAAAGUAAGACGCGUUGCCUACAUUGCGCAUGACUAAAA